UCCCUCUCCCUCUCAUCAAGUCAAAGCCAGCUCUUACAGGCAAUCCUGGCCCAUUAUGUAAAGACAACACUCGCCACCCCUCAAUCCAAGAAAUUUUCACUUGAUAUAAAAUCUACUUCCAUGGGGGCACACCAUGCCUCUUCUGCCUUUCAAAAUAUCAUAACCCCACUUAAAUUUUGACCCUUUGUCUUAUUCUUCUUCUCUCAUCGUCUCUCUCCAAUCAGGUGGACAACGGUUAAAGAAACUUGACUAGCAGCUUGUCCUUGCAUGAAUUGAGCUUCUAGCUUCAGGGUUUUUUUUUUUUAAUUAUUAUUAAAGCCAUUCACACACGUAUAUAAAGCGAUGGAUAAAGAAGAGAAUUACUCGGUAUCUUAGCUCUCACUAGUAUAGUACUGUCUUUUUUAUUGAUAAAUCAAUUCGCCACCAUGUUACUUUGCUCUGAACUUUACUUCUCGCAGGGAAGUUUUACUGAGCUAGAUUACUCUCUAGAUCAUCAUCAUCAACAACAAGACCACCUUGGACUCAUAAAGCAGCGGAUAGGUGAAACUUCUGGUGAUGAUGAUUGCAACAAUGGGAUGAUUGAUUAUAUGCUCAAUAAUCCUCAACAACAUCAACAACAAAUGUCAUCCGGGUUUUGCACUUCUACUUCUUUCGAUAAAUUGAGCUUUGCUGAUGUGAUGCAAUUUGCAGAUUUUGGGCCUAAGUUGGCCUUAAAUCAAAACAAGAUAUCGGAGGAAGAAACUGGGAUUGAUCCGGUUUACUUCCUUAAGUUUCCUGUUUUGAAUGAUAAGAUUGAGGAACAAUCCAUAAGGGUUCCUCAACUAGGUGGAGAAAAUAUUGAAGAAAUGUUUACAGGAGUAAGUAGUGGGGAGAAUAGGGCAGGAAUGGUGGGGGAAGAGAGGGGAAUUAGAGAAGAUGAAGAAGCUAGGAUUUCGGAUAACAACUCGGUGCAACUUCAGUUUCUUGGAGAUCAAGAUCUUCAAAACAAGAACCCUAUACCAGAGGGGAAGAACAAGAGAAAAAGGCCAAGAACUAUCAAGACAAGUGAGGAAGUUGAGAGCCAAAGAAUGACUCAUAUUGCAGUUGAAAGAAAUCGAAGAAAGCAAAUGAAUGAGCAUCUUCGAGUAUUGAGGUCUCUCAUGCCAGGAUCAUAUGUGCAACGGGGAGAUCAAGCUUCAAUAAUUGGUGGAGCCAUAGAGUUUGUGAGAGAAUUGGAGCAACUACUUCAGUGCCUAGAAUCCCAGAAACGGCGAAGACUGAUGGAUGAUUCCUCUCUUGCAAUCCAACAACCAGCUCAGCCUGCAUUCUUUUCUCCUAUGCCUCUACCAAAUGAUCAAAUGAAGCUCGUGGACUUCGAGACCGGACUCCGUGAAGAAACAGCUGAAAACAAGUCUUGCUUGGCUGAUGUUGAAGUAAAGCUUUUAGGGUUUGAUGCCAUGAUCAAGAUCCUGUCUAGGAGAAGGCCAGGCCAGCUCAUUAAGGCCAUUGCAGCACUAGAAGAUUUGCAGCUUAACAUACUCCACACCAACAUCACCACCAUUGAUCAAACUGUUCUCUAUUCAUUUAAUGUCAAAAUUGCAAGUGACUCUGGGUUUACAGCAGAAGAUAUAGCAAGCUCAGUUCAACAGAUAUUCAAUUUCAUCCAUGCAAAUAGCAGCAUUUGAUACAAGUCAACAAUGGUACAGAAAAGAUGAGCUGCUAUGUAUUUUGAUACAUACCUACUUCUAGAUUAUCCUUUUUGGCUAUAACUUCUUUUUCCCCAUUGUUUUUCCCUUUUUUUUUUUUUAAUAAUUACUAGUUACUGAUCUAGUAACUAAGUAUUGGAUAGUUUGGACUAGUGAUUCUGACGAGCCCAUGUGUAUGCAGUCUGUCUGUCUCUUGGUUCUUAUUCUCUUUACAUUUUCUAUCUUCAAUAUUGUAAGAACAUGUAUUUGCACCUUGGCAAUUAAUGGUGGGGGUGAUUAAUUUUGCUAAUCAUGCAAGCCUUCGGAUCUA